AUGGCAGAUGCAUACAGGCUGCUGCAAAGUGGCGGCUCCGACACGCUCGCGAGGUUCUGCUCUGACAACAAGGUAAAGGUGGAGGAUGUGUGGGUCCCGCUUCAGCUGCUUUGCCCUCGGCGCGCAAAGAACGACACGCCGGUGCCCGUUUCUCCCGCCACGGCUAUUUUGCUUCUUGAGCAUACCAGUGGGAGGCUAGUGACGCGGCGCGGCGACAUUUUGGCGCACAUCCCGCUUCUGUUUACCGACGAGCACAAUUUGUCUCUCCCGCCCAGCGCCGUUCCAGAGGACUGCACCGUCUUUGUCAGAGCCUCCAAAAGCAUGACAAAGAAGCGCAUGAUAAAAGGGAUGCAUAUUCUGCAUCGUCCCAUUACGAGUGAGCAGGCCGUCGCCGAGGGUUCUGCCUUAGUCGUGGCGGAAGAAACACAACCUGCGCAGAAGCGCACGCGAACGAGUACAAGGAGUGGGACGCAGACAGAGACUAUUGUGGGAGACACAGAGGCGGCAGCACGGCGGCGAAAGGCGAAGGCAGAGAUGGGUGCGCGGUUUGAGGAAUACCUUCAAAAGGCGUUGGAGGAGUCCCGCGGUGGUCGGGGGGCUCAUGGGGGUGUUAUUAUGAAGGAAACGAUGGCUAAUCUCCUCCGCGUGCGGGAUGCGGCGCCGCUUCAUUUUGUGAUGCGUGGGAAACCACAAACCUCGAUUCACGUCAAGGACUUGGCGUGGAAUAUUCCAGACUGGCGAGUCCUUUACCGAGUUUUUAGGCGGGGAGGCGCGGCGGAUGGGGCUUCCAAAACCACCUACAACGACGCCGCCCGGCUCAUUGCUGUCUUUAUGAUCGACAAUGUCCUCAUCCGGCGGGAACCCAUGCGUGCGUGCCUGCAACCGGCCGGUCGGGUGUGGUCCGUGGUGGAUUCGGAUCUGCUCUCUGCCGUGCCCAGACUUGCCGAAAAGGGCUACCGCAUCGUUCUACUCGACCACUAUCCCUCCCUUCAUCAUGGCAAUGAGACUGCGCUUGAGACGAAGCUGCAUCCCAUUGCGGAACUGUGCCGACAGUAUUUCAGCUGCGACGUGACAGUGGUGAUAUCAACCAUGUCGUGCAUCAGCGCAGCCCACCGGCGUGAAGGGAUGCCGUUUAUUCUUCCAUACUCGGGUCUGUGGCAGUUUUUUGUCGUCCAGUUGAACGGCGGACUCCGUCCCGACGCGGAAUCGUUGCUUGUGGGUGAGUCUCUAGGGGGUGUGGAGUGCAGUCGUGCAGAUGCGUUGUCGCAGGGAAGACGGGAUGCGGAGUUCGCAAGGAACUGUGGUCUUCGUUACAUGGAUAGAGAGGGUCUUAAGAAGGAAACACUGCUGUCUUGA